GGGAAGAUAGAAUAGGGGACGAGGUCAUACGAGCAUGAAGGUCUCGCAGCGGGGAGGGCGAAAUCGAGCAUGUCAUUAAUGCAUUCAUCGGCUUCUCUUCGGGCUUCAGGGUGGGAAUCUUUUCGCCGAUGGCAACUCGUGAUUUUUUGAGCACGUUUGAGCAUCUUUUCCUUCCCCGCCCUCCAAUCCCUCGACCGAGUUGCACAAAUGGCUUCCUCGGACUCCCAGUCUCCUCCACGGCGUGAGAGAGAUUCACGAUACGAUUCUCGUCGGGACGACGUAAGAGACCGACCACGGAGGAGGUCGAGAAGCCGAGACAGGGACCGACGGAAAAGAGAAGAGAGUUCAGAGGGAAGAGGCCGAAGAGAUCGAGACAGAGGAAGACCCAGGAGCCCUCACGACAGGCACAGGGUUCGUGAGGAACCAAGGUCUCGACAAGACAGACACAGGGCGGACCGCGACAGGAAACGAUCCCGCUCACCGCGCAGACGGUCCCCCGAGACAUCAGGCCCAUUGCAGCGCAGAGGGCCUCUCCCAUCACAGGCCGACGCGUUCAAAGGAGGGGACACGGGUUCGCUGUCGCCCGGUCCCGAGAAACAGAAACCCAAUUUUCGUCCUUCCGGUCUACUCGCUGCGGCCUCCAAUACCAUCGCCACGUCCUCUGGGAAUAUUGUCCUCAAAUACCACGAACCUGCCGAGGCGCGAAAGCCUCCGUCCUCGCAGCGUUGGAGACUGUACGUUUUCAAGGGAGAAGAGAUUCUAGACACACUCGAUUUGUACACGCAGUCAUGCUGGCUCUUUGGGAGAGAAGUUUCGGUGUGUGAUUACGCGCUGGAACAUCCGAGUUGCUCGAAGCAACACGCUGUCAUCCAGUUUCGACACAUUGAGAAAAGAAAUGAAUUCGGUGACAAGAUCGGCAAGGUCAGGCCAUAUAUUAUCGACCUUGAGAGUGGCAAUGGGACCACGCUGAACGAAGAACCGGUGCCUGAGGGAAGGUACAUGGAGUUGAGGGAUAAGGAUGUGAUCAAGUUUGGCCAUUCUACGAGGGAGUACAUGGUUCAGCUCCCGCCCGGAUGAGUUUCGCCAUACGUUCAGAAAGGGGAGACUAUAUCCAAAGUUUCGAGCACGAGAUGCUGUCACACAAGAAGCAUUGGCAGGGUUUCUGCUUCGAGGAGCUAAAGCCUGCAUGGGUUUACCGCACCAUCUGUGAGAGUGCCUGUCACAAAUAUACAACGGGCACAAGCGAGUGUCAGAUACCGCAUGUUGAGGGUAUUACUACAAGCUGGCCGAAAUCUCACUUGAUGGCGCCUGCUCUACCCUCAAAUCACGCUUUAUCAGAAGUCGAUAACAGCGCAGACGCAAUACAGAGGUUACCUCUGUCCUGAAUCCGAGAGUGAGGUGAAUAGAUAGCAAGCGAAAAAGGUCAUCAGGGAGCACUUGCGAAACAUGUGGCAGGCGCGCCAGGCAUGAGAUUGACCUGCAGAUACACACAGCCAUGGAGAAUCAGGAGGCCUCUUCGAGGAUGCUGAGGCUGAUGACAUCAAUGGGACAGGAAAAGGAAACAAAUAGCAUGUUCAAAAACGUAGAUGGGUACUCCAUCUUGAUUUGAAUGUCGUUAUACCUUUGCGAAGUGCAUAGGACGGCAAAGCCAGCUUUCCCGUAGAGUCGCGAUGAGCAUUCGAUAGACACAGAAAGUGCGAUCUGAGCGACUCUCGAACGAAGAGUUCAAGCACAGGUGCAUGAGAUGAAGCCUCUUCUUCAGUCACGGUCAGCGAGUGCCCCUUCGUGCCGUUAUGGAUCUUCAGCCUCGCCUAUUUUUAGAGCCGGUGGGUUCAGAGUGAUAAAGUCUAGCGGGCCUGAAUCAGCAUCAACAACAUCUCACAUUACUCCGUACAUACAUAUAUUCAGCUUCU